CACGGGGACCCCGCCACAAGCCUGGAGGCCCUCUCCUUCUCCGAGCCCUGCUCCCGAUCACCACCGCGGCCAUGCAUCUCACCCAGCUGAACCGCGAGUGUCUGCUGCACCUCUUCUCCUUCCUGGACAACGACAGCAGGCGGAGCCUCUCCCUGACCUGCGAGCCGCUGCGCCAGGUCUUCCUGGACCCCCGUCUGUGGACACUGCUGAGCUUCUGCUCCCCCAGCCAGCUGAGGUGGGACAAUUUCCUGCUGGGCUCCUCUCUGCGCUCGCUGUCGGUCUGCUGGCACUCCAGCCGGGUGCUGCGCGUGUGUAACAUCGAGGACUGGAUGAAGACGCCCUUCCAGAGAGACAUCUGCGCUAAACACCAGGAUCUGGUCAGCGACUUCCUGGCCCGCGUCUGCCUCACGUGCCCCCACCUGCACUCCCUGACGCUGUCCGGCUGCGCCCACAUCACCGACGGGGACGUGACGGCCGUGCUGCGGAGCUGCGGCGGCCUGCGGCGCCUGCGCCUGGAGAACUGCUGCCGCCUCACGGACGAGGUGCUCCACGCCGUGGCGGAGCACGGUGGCUGCCUGGCCGAGCUGCGGGUGGACUUCUGCCGCAACGUGACGCGGGCGGGGCUGCGGCUGGUCCGGGAGCGGCGGCCCGGUGUGUCGCUCAGCGCCGACCGCAGCGGGAGCAUGGUCCCCGACAGCAGGCCGGAGGAGGGCCUGACGUUCAGCACCACGCUGCAGAAGCUGCUGCAGUUCUCCUGAACGCCACCAGGGGGACACCCACUAGGGAGACCUUUACUAGGGGGACCUCGACUAGGAGGACCUCCACCAGAGGGACCUCCGCGACUAGGGGGACCGGCACUAGGGGGACCUCCACUAGGGGGACCUCCACUACGGGGACCUCCACCAGGGGUACCUCUACUAGGGGGAGCUCCACUAGGGGGAGCUCCACUAUGGACCUCCACUAGGGCGACCUCCACUGGAGGGACCUCCACUUGGGGGAUCUCCACCAGGGGUACCUCAACUAGGUCCACAAAGGAGAACUCCGCUUUAAAGAGCAGCUUGAAGGUCCAUCUCCUGUUUGUGGGAUGGGCCUGCCUCUGUGUGAGCCCUUUGAGGAUUUAGACCGCUCCAAGCUCAUUUCUCACCAAUUAGGAUAUCUCUUCCUUGAUUGGUUGGGGAGAAAUAUAGGGUGGGAGGGAGCAGAGAGGGAAAGGAUGCAGCUCAAUGUAUGGGGGCUUCAGGCCAUUCUCUUUAGACUGACAGCAUUACGGCUUGGGAGAAACAUGAAACAUGGAAAUACGUUUACAAUCAAUCUACUUGAUGCUUUCCCUCAGUUUACUUACUGCGGAUACCAGAGUGCAAGGUUCUCUUUCAGGUUCAUUGUUGAUGGUUGUUUUUUAUAAUACAAAUGCUUCUUGUAAUGUAUUUUGUUUUUUUAUCGUAUUGGAUUGUACGAACUUUGUAUUUGUACACAUGACUUUGACACCAAUUUUUUACUCAUAAAAGAAAAAAAUCAAAGAAUAUCCGAGAUGUUUAAUUUAUAUAUGUAUGCUGUAUUUUUAGAUGUAUACCUCAUGAUGCUUUUGUACAAACAAGUACCCCGGAGCCUGUUUCUUUUGGAGCUGAAUAAAAUGAUACUACUUAA